CUUUAUUUUUAGCGAUGUUACCGAUGGGCAGGUACCUUCGCAUCACUGGAUUAAUAUUCGUUUGGAAUUCUAUUUCAAUUGCCUAUGGUCGUCAUCAUUAUAUGAACCCUGAUAUGCCGCCACUAGCGCAUCAAAACCAACAUAUGUUUGCUAACAAGCAUACUCACGCUGAAGCGGACCACCAAAUGAUUGGUAACAAACGUCCUCGCAGUGAGUUGGAAAAUCCUGCGCAACUGGAUGGACCCCACAGUUUUGUUCGGAAGACAAACAAAAAACGGAAAAUUGUUGAAAAUCCAAAGAUAAUGCUUGUGAUCUGGGGCGCAAAUAAUGAAAUAAUUGAUGAUCCCCACAUCAUGUUGCGACACAUGGAAAAGAGUGAAGGCUUAGUCUCAAAUGCUGAACAUCUACCGAGAACAGAAUUAACGCCAUUGAUUGACUGUUCUGAAGAUCCACCCGAAAAUGGAAUACCAACAGAACAUUGUCACUACGAUUUGCAUGUUGGAAAUGGCAUUACCAAUAUCACAUUUAGAAAUCCUGAAAUUAAAGGCAAGGUUGAAAUAUCAUACGCGUUAAAUGAGGAAUCUAAACGAAUCAGUUAUAUUGAGGAUAUUGAAAACCUCAAUGUUGCAAAAGAUCAAAAUCAUAGUGCACAAAAAGAUUUGCAUCAGAAGCACGAUCCCAAUUCUGAGGAUGUUGAUCAUCGUAACAUUCUUCAUUUAUCCUACCACAAUUUCAAACCUUAUACCUACAGUAUGAACUUUAUUUUAAGAUAAUCGUCAUUUGUAUAUUUAGUUUAUCACAUUCACGGAAUAAUCUUCUGGCG